AGUUUAGUAAACGCACAUGUAGGCAGCACAAUGGCAAAGACACACAAGCUCGUUUUCACUGGAUUCUUGAUAUUCAUCGCAGUGCAGUGGACUUGGUGCAUAUCAGAUGAUGAGCGCCAUGCUAGUUACUGGAACAACAAAGGGAAGCAGGCUCUUCACACUGCUCUGAAUAUUCAGCCUAAUCUGCACCGAGCCAAAAACCUCAUCCUUUUCCUCGGGGACGGUAUGGGUGUAGCAACAGUGACUGCUGCCAGGAUCCUGAAAGGCCAGUUGGCAAAUCAUUCAGGAGAGGAGAGCAGUUUAGUCAUGGAUACCUUCCCUCGCCUGGCACUGUCAAAGACAUACAACGUGGACCAGCAGAUGCCAGACAGCGCUGGCACAGCAACAGCGUACUUAUGUGGUGUCAAAGCCAACUAUGGCACCAUCGGCGUCUCGGCUUCCGCUCCAAGGGACGAUUGUAAAGCUUCUCGUGGCAACGAGGUCACAUCUGUUCUGCACCGUGCCAAGAAAGCAGGUAAAUCAGUUGGAAUUGUCACAACUACAAGAGUGCAGCAUGCCUCUCCGUCAGCAAACUAUGCACACUCUGCUAACAGAGACUGGUAUUCCGACUCUGACCUCACAUCUGAAGCCGUCCAAAAUGGCUGCCGGGACAUUGCCUAUCAGCUGGUUCACAACACAGAGAUAGAUGUCAUUCUUGGUGGAGGUCGUCGAUAUAUGUUUCCCAGAACCAUGCAAGACCCUGAAUAUCCAGAUGAGAAAGGAGGACGAAAAGAUGGACAGAAUCUUGUUGAGGAGUGGGCAAAAAACAAAAAGCGAGCUAAAUAUGUUUGGAACAAAACUGAAUUUGAUGCUGUCAAUGCUGAACAGACAGACUUCCUGCUGGGUCUGUUUGAGCCAAAAGACUGCCGAUAUGAGUUGGAGCGUGAUCAGACCAUGGACCCGUCACUUACAGAGAUGACAGAGAAGGCAAUUAAGAUUCUUAGCAAGAAUCCUAAAGGAUUUUUCCUGUUUGUGGAAGGGGGGAGGAUUGAUCAUGGUCAUCAUGCCGGGCAGGCCAAAAAGGCUCUACAUGAAGCUGUAGAGUUCGAUAUUGCAAUUGGGCGAGCAGCUGAACUCACAAGUGAACUGGACACAAUGACUGUUGUCACUGCUGACCACUCGCAUGUGUUUGCUUUUGGAGGGCAUUCUGCCAGAGGAAACUCUGUUUUUGGGGUGUCUCGUGGUUUGGCUGAGGACAAGAAGCACUUCACCACUGCUGUGUAUGGAAACGGACCAGGAUAUCAGAUUGUCAAUGGAAACCGUCCUGAUAUGAAUGAGUCAAUUUCAUCAACGGAUAACUACCGCCAGCAGGCUCCUGUCCCUAUCGACUCAGAAACCCACGGUAUAGAGGAUGUGGCUAUCUUUGCCAAAGGACCAAUGUCACACCUUUUCCAUGGAGUUCAAGAACAAAGCUACAUUGCACAUGCCAUGGCUUAUGCUGCCUGCAUAGAACCCUACGAAAACUGUGAGCUACCUGAUCAUGCAGGAGCAUUUCACCCCAGCCUUGUUCUUCUUCUACUGGGCCUCUUCCUUACCCUCUCUGCCUGAGAUUAGAGUCCCAGUAUUUCACCAGAUGAUGGAUUAACUUCCUGAUGUUUCACUUUGACUGAAAUAUGAAUUAUUGUUAAAGAGUUGUGGAUUUAUUUAGGAAUAUUUUUCUUUAAAGCAAAACAUGAAUUACUCCUAAACGUGCUGUAAAUAAUUUAAGUAUUAUAUACUGUAUAUGAACAAGUUUGACAUCACUGCC